GCUAUCUUGGCUGUCUUUUUAUUUAUCGGCACAUUCAUUGUAAACCUGGUUCGAAUAAAAGUGCCUAAAGGUUAGUCAACUAUACCUUUCAAAAACUUAUCAUUCCCUUGAAAUAGCUAACUUUGCCGCUGUAAAUGCCUGUAUUGUACUAACUUUUACAAUGACAUAUUCUGCUUCAUAUGCUCCAUUUGUUCCUGAGCUGACAUGGAUGUUCUUGAGACCCAUCGGUGUUGCUGGUGCAAUUGCCUUAGCAGUUGAUUAUUUUAUUUGGCCAGACGACAGUAUAAAUAACUUCCUAGGGGUCACACGAAAAACAUUGGCUGGUUACAAUGCAUUCUUUAAAGAACACUCUGAAGGGUUUUUGUCAAAUUCAUCUGAAAAAAGUAACGCUACACUUCCUUCUCUCAAUGCUCGUCUACAAAACGGUAUAUUGCUCAUGAUUGAUUCCAAACGUGCGGUGAAAAGAGAGAUCACUUAUUCUAGGAUUUCAGAUGUUGAUUGCAGCAAAUUAUGUAAAUUGAUUACCAAUAUGCGACCUUCUCUUCAUAGUAUUGGACUCAGCUUAAUUAUGAAAGACAACUAUAUAAAUACAGAAACCAAAAACAUGUAUUUCAAGAACUUUAGCAAUGAUAUUAUUGUGGAUGCUUUCACUAGCUCUAUAGAAGGCAUUCGACCUGUAUGCAUUGAAUUGACAAAUCUAUGUGUUGAUGCAACAAAUCAAAUCUCCAAUCGAGUUGGGAACUUGCAUUAUCAUCCUCGAACUACAUUAAACAGUAUAUUGUGGCCAUUUCCUCGGAUUUGGGUAUCUAAACCUAAAAGUAAACAAGUUGGAGAACAGCAGCAACAGCAAGAAGAGCAGAUAAUCACAUCCACUCAAUUACGACAAAUAAUUACCAAGUUGGACGAGGUCUCAAAAAGCAAUCAGGUCUUUUCUAAGUUCUUGGAUAUGAAAGCAUCGGAUAUUCCUCGAAAUGGACCUCUUUAUCUCAUCUUCCUCUAUCUUUACAACCUGCAUCAACACGCAUCGAAAACAGCAAUUUUGUUGGAAGCUGUAGAAAACAUAGAAAGAAAUCGAACAAAAGCAAGAUUUUGGCUUCCACAUCAAACGCUAAAGAAAUGGCUGACUUCUAGUUCAGAAGCAGAAUCAUCUGUGGGUGGAGAUCAGACAGAUUAUGAAAAUCAACAUGCUGGAAACGAUUUGGUUCGUGUUGCCACUCGAGGAGAUGGAAGACCUAGAGAUGAUGAAGAGGAUGCCAUCUUUAAAGCAAAACCUGAUCCAAAAAAGAAGCCUAAUUUAGGCGAUCCUGAUGUAUCUGCACCAGUGACUUCAAUACAGAAAUUCUUUUACGGACUCUAUCUUUUAAGCAAGUGGUUGACAGACACCACAACUUUCUUUGCAUUCAAGACAGCUGUGGGUGUUGUCUUGCUAGCUAUUCCUGCAUGGAGAGCUCAAGAUGCUACAUGGUAUCAAGACUGGCGGGGUCAAUGGGCAAUGAUCACUUUGGUUUUAUGGAUGUUUCCAAUGACAGGUGCUUUUAUUUUUGGGAUCAUUGACAGAAUUGUAGGUUCAGUCGUUGGCGCUAUCCUGGGCAUUGUUGUUUGGGAAAUUAGUCGAGGAAAUCCUUAUGGUCUAGCUAUUCUGUGCUUUAUAAUCUUUAUACCACUUUAUCAUUUAUUCUUUUUUGUUCAAAGAUACAGAGUCAUUGCAUUAAUGAGUAAAGUGACUAUGCUGAUUGUUAUUGCAUAUGAAUAUACCUACGUUAUUGAACAGGUUCCAAAUUAUGAUCAGGUUUACACAGUUGCAGGAAAGCGACUAUUACUUGUUGUCAUUGGUAUUACUGCUUCUGGUAUUUUGAUUGCUAUUCCUUUUUUACCUACAAGUCGUGUAGAGCUUCGAAAGAGGUUGGCACGCACUGUCCGUGAUAUCGGAAAAUGUUAUGGUAUUCUAUCAACAAGUGUGAUUCAUCCAAUAGGCCAUCAGCCUACUCCAGCCAUUGAAAAAUCGUUUAGGAAAUUGGCAAUAGAACUACGUAGACAAGUUGCUGAAGAGCAUACGCUUUUUCAUCAUACAGCGUAUGAACCUUCAUUCCGUGGCUAUUAUCCUUCUGAGAGUUAUCGAAUACUAGUGGAGAAAAUGGACAACAUGUCUGAUCUGGUAGUGAAUAUGGUAAAAACAUACACAAAACAUCAUCUACGCGAUAUUAAACAUAAAAAAGGGAUAUUGUCUACAUGAAGUUCGACCUGAUUGGAAACGAAGUAUUCGUUCUAUUUUGAUGAAUGAAAGAAAAGAUUAUCUUUCUUCUAUUCUAACAUGUUUAAAACUAAUAUCGUCUACGCUUGCUGCCAAGACUUCCUUACCUCCCUACAUGGCUGAUCCUAUUGAGACAAGACAAAAAUUUGUUAAUUUAUUGGAAAAGAAGAUUAUGAUUGAAGCCAAAGACAUUGCAAAUCCUUCAUUCCCUAGCUACAGCGCAUACU